UGUGCUGCUGAAGAGUAAAGAUUAGAGCACACAUGAGAACAGACUUCAUGAUAUAGGUAGCUGUUUAGGAGUUAGGAGUAAAGUUAGCAUUAGGGUGCUGUAAUAUAACUUCUAUUCUUGUAGCUAAGCCAUGACUGAUGUAUUUUAAUGAACAUAGAUAUCUAAUUUACCAUUUUUCAUUGUAUAAAAAUACAUGAUGAUCCAGCAAAACUACUUCAUAUGCAUUCCAAAACAGAGGAAAAACAGAGGAAAACAGAGGAAAAUACGAAUCAUUGAAUCAAUCCGACUAUUUAGAAUUGUAUUAAAUAUAAAUUUGAACGUAUAAUCAUUAAUCGUCUGAGUAUUGGUUGAAAACGAAGGGGAAGAAUCGAACAGUCACCUUGGACUCUGUUUAAUCUGCAUUGGAAAUCGUCUGAAUAUUUUGUUGAAUUCUCCCUUUAAAUCGUUUUCAAUUUCACUUCCCACUCCAAAAGGCACCUCUAAUGGCAGCCGAGUCAUAAUCAAACCACGGCUCUUCCCUCUCCGUCGACGAUAUAUACUUCUCUGCCCUUCACGAACACCAAUCCGUCUUCCCAAUCUCCGACGAAAUCUUCGCCGAAGAGUUACAGCUUCAGGAAUCAAUCGCUUCCUCCUUAUUCACUUCAACAAUAAUGUCCAAUAAACCAUCACCCAACCCCGAAUCUUCUGGUUCUGAAACCCUAUGCACAAUCUGCACCGGCACCAAAUCCGCCUCCGAAAUGUUCACAUCCACCGGCUGUUCCCAUACAUUCUGCGCCGAUUGCAUCUCUAAACACAUAGCCGCAAGGCUCGAGGAUUCCAUGGCGGUGAAAUGCCCAGAGCCAAAAUGCGCGGCGGUGCUGGAACCGGAAAUGUGCGAUUCGUUCGUUCCGAAAGAGGUGUUGGAGAGAUGGGGAGAUGCUCUGUUGAAGGCAAUGCUUCUGAAGUGGAAGAUGGUGUACUGUCCAUUCAAAGACUGCUUGGCAGGGAUGGUGGACAAGGAAGAUAGGGAGGCGGUCGAAUGCCCUAAAUGUUGGAGAAUGUUCUGCGCAAAGUGUGGAGUGGGAUGGCAUGGGGACAUGAACUGCACGGAGUUUCAGAGAUUGCUUAAGAACGGAGGAGUAGACAGAGAGGAGGUGAUGACAAUGAAACUGGCGGAUGAACGCAAAUGGAAGCGAUGCCCUCAUUGCAAGAUAUUAGUCGAGAAGAUCGAAGGUUGCCUCCAUAUUACCUGCAGGUGCGGAUCGGAAUUUUGCUACAGCUGUGGAGCUAAGUGGAAUGGCCACCAUGCAUGUCCGCCCCCAGCUUAUGAACGUACGGUCUAUCGUCGUUGACUUGCACCCGCCGGUCGUCCUUAAU